AAUGAAGAAACAUUUUAACUAUGAAAUCUCAUUUCAAUAGCUAAAUGGUACAAUGCCACCUACCAAUACUCCAUGUGAUAAAUAACCAAUCAUUCAUUUCGAUUCUAAUGUACAUGUCUUUUGGCCUAGCGAUUAAAAAUUUUAUACUUCAUUAGAAUUGAAAAAUUUCGUUAAAUAAGACUUCUUCAAUCAUCCUUUAGUACAGCAUUUAAAACCACUGGUACAUCGGAAACCAAUUCAAAAACUAUUUUUUAAUAGACAGUAUGAAGAUCCAUUAGUAGUAAUACAUUUAUUUUUAUACACUCUAGAUGGAAAAGAAAAGAGAAAUACUCAAAAAUCUUUCAUGGUUUACUACUCUUAAAAAUAAUUCUAAUGAAUUUGCUAAAACAUUAAAAUUUAGAAUUAAUCAAUUGUCUCAAUAAAAUUAUUCCUAAAUCAGCAAAAUCAUUUUAGAACUACUUACAUAAAAAUAGUAUAAUUUUAAUUUUACAUAUUUAGGAAAGAACAAAUUAUUACAUUCAUUGAAGAAUUAAUUAAUAUUGCUGCAAAUUAAAAUAAAUUUCGUCACUUAUAUAGUUAAUUAAUGAAAGAAAUUAUUAAACAUACUAAUUCUUAUUAAUUUUUAGAUUCUUAUUUAAAUACAUUUAUAUUUAAAUAAGAAAAUUAUGAAGAGUUUUAAAAUUCUUAUAACAAAGAUGAUGAAAUUAUAAUACUGACUAAAAGGAAAUAAAAUUUUAUAGGAAGUAUAUAUCUCUAUAAUUUAGAAUAUAAAUUUAUUGUUCAUCUUUACAAAGAUAGGGUUAUCAAAAUAAAUUCCAUAAAUAAUUCCAUAAUCUAAUUACAAAAUAGACUAAUAUUUCUUUUAGAGAAUAAACAUUUAUAAGCAUUCUUUACAGAUGAAAUUGUUGAGUCUCUGCUUGAUAUUAUUUCAGCAAGUAUCCAUAAUUAAAAUUAUAGUGAAGAAUGAUCUAUUUAUUAAACAAUAUAAAGAGGAAAUUUAAUUAGAAUAGGAGUUUAUUUCAUUUUUAAAAUCAAAAGAAUUAGCUUAAUGGAAUAAAGAUUAAUUUUGUUUUUCCCCAAAAGGAAUUAGAAUUCUGUAAUUUUUUUACUAUUAUUAUAGAUUAUGUUGGAUUGAAAAACAUGUUUCAUCAUAAAGGCUGAAAUUAUUGAUAACGAAUUUAUUGGAAAAAUUUGAUAAUAAUUGGAAAAACAAAAAAUAAAAUUCUAAAAAGAAAAUUGAUGUCACUGAAUCGAGUGAUUCAGAUAUUGAAGAAUUACCUUUAAAAUAAAAACCAUCCAUCAAAUUAAAUGUUUAAAAUUUAGAUUUAAUAAAUGAAGAAGAAAAUGAUUUUUCUGUUUAGAAAUAACCUACAAUAAAAUAGAUUCACUCUAAUUUAGAAAGAAUUUUUUAAAUAAAAUAAAAUGAAGAUUAUUAUUCAGAAAUUUAAAAAUUAUACAUUUCAAUUAAAUAAUCAGAAUUAAUAGUCUCUUUUUGGAAUUGCUAUUUAAAAUUAAUAACUAGAAUAACUUAAGAUAAUACUUAAAAAAUAGAAUAUGCUCACAAAAUAUACUUAAAAACAAGUGAAGAAUUUAUUAAAGAGUUAAUCUUAGAGCAAAUUCAAAUUAGAUUAUCUGAAGUGAUUUAUGAUAUAAUUGAUUCCAAAUUCGGAGUGAAUUUCAUUGUUAAAAUGCUUAAGCCUUUUGUUGAAUAAGAUAUUAAAUAAAUUUAAUUGUUAUUACAAAUAGAAAUAAAUGAAGAAACUUAAGGCUUUUUGAUUUCAAUAAUACCAAAAUUAGUAUCAGCUUAAAAUGUAUUUAAUCAAUAAUCAUAUAGAUUUAAAUUGUGGAAAAUAUUGAAUUCUUAUAGAAUUUUCUCAUUACUAAUUUAUAGCUUAGUAAUGAUCAAUACAGUAAAGUUAUGGACAAUAUUAAAUGA